AUGAAUUUUGCUUUAACUCCUAAGAGAAUACCAUAUGAGAGCAUAAUUUGUGGCGUAGAGGAGACUAUUAUCCGCAAUAAAGUUCCGCCAACGGAUGCUGACAUUUUAAGGCAGGAUAUAGCAGUGAUUUUGCGAAAGUCUAGGCUCCCGAAAAGUAACGUAACUGCAGAAGAGCGCCAAGCACUUAAAGACCUGCGACAGAACCAGGAUAUACUCGUUCUGAAAGCUGACAAAGGCAACGCCACUGUAAUUAUGAAUACUGAGGACUAUGCCAGUAAAAUUGGAAAUAUGCUAGCUGACACGACAGUAUACAAACCAGUGUCAUACAACCCUACUGCCAGAGUGACACGACGCAUUCGCGCCCUCAUCCAGGAGCACCGAGAGCUAUUUACAGAAGACGUGUAUACAUACUUGCAUAAAGCAAAAAACGUACAGCCACCAAAACUAUAUGGUCUGCCUAAAAUACACAAGAGCAACGUUCCACUUAGGCCGAUCGUGAGUCAAAUUGAUUCACCUACAUAUAAGUUGGCAAAACAUGUUGCUGGAGUGUUGCAGCCAUUAGUUGGGAAGACAUCGUCCUACGUAAAAGACUCGAUGCAUUUUAUUGAACUUAUCAAGAAUAUCUCAGUGGAGCCGGGUGACAUAAUGGUAAGUUUCGAUGUUGAGUCACUGUUUACCAAUGUGCCACUGAAGGAUUGCCUGGAAGUCAUCAAGGACAGAUUGUUUGACAAUGAGCUGCCCGAUGAAUAUAUUGUCCUUUUGCAAAACUGUUUGGACGGAAACUAUCUCUUGUAUCGAGGCCAAUAUUACCUCCAGAUUGAUGGCGUUGCUAUGGGAAGUCCUGUAGCACCAGUGAUUGCCAACAUUUGGAUGGAACAUUUCGAACAAAAAGCAUUAGCGAGCGGCCCCGGUAUUGUUAAGUUCUGGAAGAGAUAUGUUGAUGAUAUAUUUUGCAUCAUAAACGGAAACCAAACAGAAGUGGAACAAUAUCUACAGCACUUAAAUUCUGUUCAUCCAAAGGUUAAGUUCACGUAUGAAAUGGAGAGGAACAGAUCCAUGGCUUUCCUUGAUGUUCUUGUGACAGUGAGACCGGAUGGGGCUUUGGCCCACUCUGUUUACCGGAAACCGACUCACACGGACAGAUAUCUGCACGCCUCUUCUCAUCACCAUCCCCGUCAUCUUCAAGCAGUUAUUUCCUCAUUGGUUAAUAGGGCAUAUAACCUAUGCGACCCUGAACAUGUGGAAGGGGAACUAAAACAUGUGAAGGAGGUACUAAGAAGGAAUGGCUACAGUGCUACAGCAAGACAAAUGGAGAGGAGGCUCAAGAGGGAUAAGCAACCAAUGGUGAGCAGGGAACCAGCUUUCCUUCCGUACGUGAAAGGGGUAACGGAUAAAAUUGGAACAGUACUCAACAAAUACUCCAUUAAGACUUGUCCCGCAAAAAAGCCGAUCCGUUCGAAUUUGGAAUUCGUGUUCAUAUACGGGUUCCUGCAUUAG